UUGUAGGAUUAAAAAAAAAGAUACAUAAGAACGUGAGCGAGAACCAUGGUGCAACAAUCGUGACAAAUUGUCUAGAAUAUAUUUAGACUCCUAAAAUUAUUUAGAAAUUGUGUAUUUAAGUGUAAAUAAAACACAAAACAUAACAUCUAACCAGACCGAUAAAUCAAUAAACACAAGUCAUGGAUGAAUACACGAGAGAACCGUGCCCCUGGCGUAUCCUUGAUGAUUCUGGCGGUGCGUUUAUCAUGGGGGCCAUAGGUGGUGGCAUAUUCCAUUCUAUAAAGGGUUUCAGGAAUGCCCCAGUGGGGUUCAGUAGAAAAAUGCUUGGAAGUUUGGCUGCCUUGAAAGAACGAUCCCCUGUUGUAGGUGGUAACUUUGCUGUAUGGGGAGGCAUGUUCUCAACCAUUGAUUGCUCAUUAGUGUACUUGAGACAGAAGGAGGACCCUUGGAAUUCUAUUAUGAGUGGAGCACUCACAGGCGGAAUACUUGCAGCUAGAAAUGGUGUUCCUGCAAUGGCUGGUAGUGCUUUGGUGGGCGGUAUUCUACUGGCAUUAAUAGAAGGCAUAGGUAUAAUGUUCUCGAGGAUCACUGCUGAACAGUUUAAACCACAGCAGCCCAUAUUUGAGGACCCUUCAGUUUUAGGUAACCAAGGUCAAGCACAGAGUCAAUCGUUCCAGUAGUUUAGGUGUUAAGUAUAUUAUCGUUGCGAUUGUGCAGCCUGGUUUGGUCUUUAUUCUGGAAAUUAAAGCACAGAAACAACACUGGACUUAGAAUAUACCUACACUGUCUGCUGGUUUCUUUUUCGAUGGUACAAAUUACUUUUAGUGAUUAUUUCAAUAAUCUGUUAUCUUCAAACUGAAGCUGGCUGUACAAUCGAAAUUGUAAACAAAUCUCUUGCCAUCAUGGCAUUGUAUCAUUAACCAGACUUUAGAAUCACUUUUAGUUAUUUUUAUGAGUGAAUUAUUUGCAUCUGUGAUAUUUUCAGUCCUGUACUGAUUGUUUAUAAUUUCACUCAAAAAGGUUUUGUUUUGUACCCGUUUGUUAUUAGAUUUCAAUAACAAUAUUUUGUUCAUGCAGAGCACAAUGCAACCCUAAUUUAUCAUUAUUAAUUUGGUAUUUCACAGAAUAUUACCUGCUUAAGUCGCCCCUACUUAAUUAUUUGUUCCCAUAAAGUUAGGUGGCUGCAGCACCAGUUUGUUACUGGCUGAUUGUGAAGAUUAUUUGCGCCAUCUUCAAAUUAGCUGUAAAAAUUGUUUUAUAUGUGCAGGUAAUUUUCCUUGAAAUGUUUUCUGAACAUAGAAUUUAUUUAAAUAAUAAAGACUUUUUUUAGA